AUGAUGCUGCGACAUAAUCUGUGUGCACUGAACAGCUGGCACGCGCGCAUACCGGUCCUGCCGAUUCAUUGGAGACCAGGCACGCAGGGGCAAGCCACUGCACGCAUCGACAAAGCCCGCCUUAUCCAGGCAGCCACGGGCAGCAAUCCUGACGGAGAGGCGCUGCAGGCGCUUGUCGCUGGCAAGCUGCAGCAGGUCUCCACUGCAGACCCGCAUGAGCUGCACGCCCAGGUCAAUGCAAUACUGCAGCAGAGCGUGCAGCAGAUCUUCCCGCAGCAGCGGGCUGCUGAUGGCCGUGUCAGUGCCCAAGAGCCCUUCCGAGCAUCCGCUAGAGAAACCUGGCGUCUGUAUGCUGCACUCCGUAGGCCGCGGGUGGCCACCAUGGCUGCUAUGAUCCACAAGUGGAAGCUGCACCUGGCUUUCGCCAGAGCCUCAAGAGCACUACGUCAGCAGAGCAGGGAUUUGAAGCGCGCAGCUUUUGCGGCCAAGCUUGCACAAGCAGAGGAGGCUGCCUCCUGUGGCGACCAGCGAACACUCUAUCAGAUUGUUCGGUCCCUAGCUCCUGCUUCCAGUCGUCUUUUUUCGCGCCUUCGUGAUACACAGGGCAAUUUUCUCACUAAGCAUGAGGAGGUUCGGGCUCUGGUAGCGCAGGGUAAAACAACCUAUUCACUUCACGCCGAUAGACCCGUCGCUGGGGUACUGUCUGGCUCCAUAGACCUCACAGAUGAGGAAAUCACUCAGCAGUUCCGGAAGAUCAAGGCUGCCAAGGCUGUUCCCAGCCACCUUGCACAUGCCGCUGCAUGGAAAAUCUGUGCUAGCAGCCUCGGCCCUCUCUUCGGUGAUUCUCUUCGACAGCACCUUGUGCAGGGCCACGCCGGCCUCCUGCAUGGCGACCUCACCGAUGCCCAGAUGGUCAUGCUGCCUAAGGCAGGCAAGUCGCCACACAUCUUAGCGCAUCUCAGGCCUAUUGGCCUUAUGGGUCCGCCUUCCAAGGCCAUUGCCGGUGCUCUGCGAAAUCGCAUGCUUGCGCAGCUGGGGCAAUUGAUCCGCUUCAGGCCACAGUUCGCUUACACUGCGGAGAGGGGCACGCUGGAUGCCCUCUUCCGUAUCCACAGGCAUGUGUCGGAGGCCACCUUGCUUGUCCGAGCCAACCGCAUUUCGCAUUUUGGGAUGCACGCGGGCAGAAAACCACUUGCCUUAGCGGGCGCCCUCAGUCUAUCCCUCGACCUCAGUCGAGCCUUUGAUCUUGCAGACCGUUGUCAAAUCUAUGACACACUUGAACGCCAUCAGGUCCCCAGGGCGGUCAUUGAUGUGAUACAACGCCUUCACACAGGCUCCCGAUUCGUCUAUAAGGCGGGUGCACACAGUGAUGCCUUUGUGCCCACAAAUGGGUUGAAGCAGGGAUGCAAAAUAGCCCCAUGCCUUUGGGUAUGGUACACCAUAGCCCUCUUCGAUACUCUCGGAGCACGCCUCAGUGAGACGUGGGUCCGCCAUACACCCACCGUGUUCGCGGAUGACUGCUGGGCGCAUUGGCUGAUACGCUCCCUUGAAGAUCUCCAGCGUGCCGUGCGUGAAAUGCAAAUCUUGCUUUGCACGCUGGAAGACUACAAAAUGCGUAUAAACUUCACGAAAACAGCCAUCCUUGUCAAGCUAGUUGGAAAACAGGCGGCCCAGGCCAUGCACAAUUACACAUGCUACCGGCAAGGUGUUCAACACUUGAUUGUGGUGGUAAAUGGUAGUACCCAGUAUAUUCCGAUCAAGCUUGAACACGAAUACCUGGGGUCUAAGGUUAGUUACACCAACGGUGCUGAAAGCAACCUUGAACACAGGCUCCAAGCCGGACAGCUCCGCUACCAUGCAAUCCGCCGUGCUCUGACAGGCCUCAACAAGUGGGAGACUCGCGCACUCAAGCACCUCCGCGCGAUACUUCGGAAGCCAUCGCAUCUCACCCAUGUCUCCAAUGAUGAAAUCUGGAUGCAGGCACGCGUUCGCAAACCGCGGGACCAGCUCCUCGGGCAGGUCGCCCAGGUUCGACAAAAGCUGGAGGCUAAGGCCCAACAUGUGCCUGACAUCACCACAGAGGCGGAGACUUUACAAUAUGUGCGUGGUCUAGAGGAGCAGCUCCAACUACUGAUUGCUAAGAGCCUAGUCAUGCCCGCGCCGCCACCCCCGACACAGAAGAGGUAUGAGUGCCCACACUGCGAGGACACUUUCGCCACAGAGCACGCGCUCAAAAUCCACUGUGGCAUCAGGCAUCCGGCGCCGGACUCAGAACGUGCGCGGGAGAAGGCCCGCUUCAAAUUUGACCCGGCAGUGCACUCCGCGGGGGGACUCCCCCACUGCAGGUCCUGUGGACGCAAAUUCGCCAAGUGGCAAUUCUUCAAGCACCACAUUGAGGUAGUGAAGAUGCCGGGCGACAACAACAUGCGGCCGGGAGCGACGAAUGGAGCGGGCAUCAAUCCGGAGACGGACAUCUUCGCCUACGUGAACUUCACGUCCCAGAGGGACAGGCAGGAGACUCCCCCGGAGAAUCUACCCAACAAGAGGCCUCGUCCGGAGCAGUCGGCCACACGAUCGCGGAGGAACCCCAGGCAGCAAGGCGGUCGACCCUCUGGGGGUGGUGGGGCCAAGGCCCCCAGUCUGGAAACCGUCCGGACCCUCACCAAGAUCGUCAUCCGUCAGGAAGAUCAAUUGGCCGAGCUACGUGGCGACAAAGGCUUCUUUCUUUUCCUGAAGGAGGAACCGGAGGUGAGCGUCAUUCCGGCGCUGAUACAAAUCUCGAAGGAUUGGCAUGCUCGCCAGGACGCCGGCGACACCACCUUGCAAAGUCCGCUCCGCACGCUCUUGAUGGCCUGCCUUGUGCGACGCCUACGGGAGCUGAUCGUCUUGAUGACUGCCACACCGGAAUCAGUGAAACGGCUUCAGACAGCGGAGUGGAUGGAUCAGGCAGAGGAAUGGACUUUCUUCAAAUGGAGCCACCAGGAGAAAAAGCUGGUGAGGCACCCGGAGCGAGGCACCAUCGCGCAGCCGGCUCUACUGGAGAUCGUGGACUACCUCUUGGCGAACCUCAAGGGCGAGGUGGUGCAGAAAUUCACGUCCAAGCAGAAGCUCUACGAGAUGGAGGAGGAGAGCCCCACCACGGCGACCUUCUUCAUGUCCAUCUCCCUCCGGGGACCGGUUGCGCAGAAGGUGCACGAGUGUCUGGUUCAGCUGAUUGGAGUGUCAGCACUGAUGCUGGUGGGAGCCUCCCUCAAGAGGGAGAUCCCGCGCCGCUCCCCCAUGGUGCAACAGUUGGCGGAGGCAGUGUUCCGUUGA